AUGGCAAGUUCCAAAAGUAGAUCAUCUGAUGAAAAUCAAGAAUUGAAUUCAAUGAGAACAUCUACUGCUUCAGCUAGACGAUUAUCAUUUCAAGAAACGGUUCGUCGAACACAACGAUUGAUGCGUGUUCUUAGAACAAUGAAUACUUUGAAUGAACAUAGAAGACCCACUUAUCUUGGAUCUAAUAUUAAUGAAAGUACAUCAUAUCAAAGACGUGGUGCUAUGACAUUAGAAAAAACAAAAUCAUCAGAAAGUAGUGAAACAUCUAGUAUUACACCUGUAUUAGAUCAACAAGAAAAUACAAAUGAAGCAAUAGCAAGUUCACGCCGACUUGGUCAACGAUUUAUUAUUCUUCAUUAUUCACCAUUUAAAGCUGUAUGGGAUUGGGUAGUUAUUCUACUUGUUUUAUAUACAGGUAUUAUAACACCUUAUACAAUAUCAUUUUUAUCUGAUGAAGAUCAAAAACGUACAAAUUUAAAUACACAUGCAGCAACACGACAAUUUAAUCGAGAACGAACAAGUAUUCAUGUUUUAGUUAUUAUUGAUGUACUCGUUGAUUUUAUGUUUAUAUUUGAUAUAUUAAUUAGUUUUCGAACAACAUUUGUAUUAAAAGAAACAAAUGAAGUAAUAACAAGUCCUAUAUUAAUUGCUAAACAUUUUGUUAUUGAUUCAUGGAGACGUUUUGGAGCUGAUAUACUUGGUGCAUUACCAUGGGAUAUUCUAUUUUUUGGUAAUGGAAGUCAUUCGGUAAUUUGAUCUUUUCUUUGAAAAGAAAAGAAAAGAAAAGAAAAAAAAAACAUAAACUCUAAUUCAUUAUU